CAUGAGCUGGUCUAGCCCGCCUGGAAAUACGAUCUCGUUCAGUGCAAGUUGCUCACAAACGUCUACCCUCAUAUAGAUCACACACAAGCACACAUGCUAUUACUCACAUCCCGCAUUUACUGUUUUGUUCUAAAUCAACAUCAGAUUACUAUCAGUGUGGCGGCUCUAUGUUAUAAAAUAAGCAGUUGAACAACAAAGCCUUCUUUGUUUUACUGUUAUUUCUCUUGAUUUCCUCAUAUGGAAACCCUAAAGUUGAAUGGCUCUAAAAUUUGAACCAACAUGAAAUUUUACUCUAUAAUUGCACAAAAAUGGUCAUUUUGACUUGCUGUCAUGUGAGACAUUGGUGGGGUGCGACCACACAGAAGGAAGAAAUGUAACGUUGACCUCACCGAUUGUAAUUGAAUUCAUGACUCAUGAAUGUACAGGCAUUGAAGGUUGAUCCGAUGAAACAUGACAAAUUAUGUUUAAGGCUAUUGAAAUAUGAAGUUAUAACACUUCGGCUGACAACAUUGCCUCCAAUUAACAAAGCUGUGAAAAUGCUGCUGAUGCAAUUCUUUAUUGCAACGCAAGCCUUUAAGGUGACACGAACUUGUUUCAAUGUGGGAAGACUUACUCGGAUGAUGUAAGGUGAUGUCAUAUAGUAUAGAGCGCUUGCACGAUUGGGGGUCAUUGCACACUUUGGAGAACUGUAAGGGAAUGUGAGGAGAGAUAUGCUACAAAAAGCAGAGAGAGAUAAGCAUAACUUGGAACGACGGUGUUGCUAAACUCCAAGCACCAGUGUGAUAAUGCCAUGUCACAACAGUUAAAAGCGAACUCAAGAUCUGGAUUGAAUUCUUCAUUUAAAGGGCCAACACAAGAUUUUGGAGGAGUUGCUAAAGGACGAUACCAAUUGACGAUAGUUUGGGUUAAGAUACUAGUCGUACAAUAGAUUCACACAACCAAAAUGUCACACCCUGCAAAAGGAGAAGACUCAUUUCCAGUCAUCUCAGAGUCUCCAAAAUCCAGUGAGCAUUCAAAUUCAAGUCCCACCCCCUUUCGAAGAAUGGAUGCAGAAGGUCACCAGCAACAGCUCAACAAAUGGGAGAGCAGCUUUAAACUUCGAGAGGCAAUGUUGCAGUCAGAAAUGAAUCAGAAAGAAGUCGAAUGGAAACUUAAAGAGGCAAUGUUGUUGUCCGAAUUGAAGCAGAAGGAAUGGAAACUUAGAGAGGCAACACUGCUGUCAGAAAUCAAGCAUAAAGAAUUUGAGAUGAAGUUGAGACUCGAAGAGGAGAGAACUAAAUUGCAACAGUUACAAGCAGAAAAGGAAACCAAAAAUCCUCAGAUGCUUUUGAGGCCAUGCCAGGGUUGCAAACGUCUUAACCGUUUUGUGGAUGAAACUCAGAGUAACUCUGCUUGUAAAGACACUCGAGGGAGCAUUACAACAAACCCAAAUGUCGCAGCAUUCCUUACUCAACCAGUAUCGCCUAAAAUGUCAGUAACUCGGGAGCCUUUAAGUCAGACUCAAGCAAGUUCAACAAGUAUGGAUAUUCCACAAGUCCCACAGCCGACAACCUUCAGUAGUAAUCCCCGGAAAUCUAUUGACCGGGUAAACUCUCUGUUUAUUGACAAAAAGCCACCAACAACGAAGAUGGUUACACUGAAAAAUUGUCCUGUUGGCGAAGGAUGCCAAGCUGGCGGUUUCCUCCACCGAGAUGAACAAAAGACAUGUAAUAAACCUUCAGGAGUAUUCCGAGAAAGAACUGAUAGCCCCUUUGUUCUAGAGCGCACGUUCAGAGAUAAAUUGAUGAGAUGGCCCAAGAUCAGAGAUAAUGAUCCACUGGCACUUAAAGCAUUUGCAGACUUCUUGAAAAGCUACAGUGGAGCAGUUGUAAAUGGUGAUGAACUAACUUUUUUGAACAGUUGCGAGGAAAAUUAUAGGUUAGUUGAAAAAUUGCCUGAAUGGAUCAUACACAAGUGGAGUCAAAUUGUCGUUGAUGAACUCGAAACCUAUGACGAAUAUCCUAGUUUUGCUUGUUUCACACACUUUCUGAAAACAGAAGCACAGACUCUCCGCAGUCAUAUCACCUCACCACCCAUUAUGAACAACAACUCCUUGGGUAAUCGAUCACUAAAGCAAAAGAGGAAUCCAAAAACCAGCACACAACCAAAGAAUACCGUCUACCAAAUGGUGUCCAGCAGCAAAAUGAUACCGUUGUGCUUUUUUUGCAAAAAGGAAGGCCACGACCUGGCGAGAUGCCCCAUUUUUGCAGCAAAGACUCUUGAGACAAAGAAAACCUUCAUACAUGGCAAUCAUCUCUGUUUCGGAUGUCUAAAGAAGGGACACUUCAUCAGAGAAUGCAAACGAAGGCAAGUUUGUAGGAUAUGUCACCGUUGUCAUCAAACCAGCCUCCAUACAAAGACCGCUAAAAGACCCGCAAGUAUUGCAAAUAAUUACUUUUGUCCCACAGAAGACCACAGAAGACCCGGGGUGCAAAAGUUUCUCAUUCACUCAUCAACAAAACGUUCUUUUGCUACAUCAAGUAUUGUUCCAGUUUUUGUCUCAUCAAUUGUGGAGCCAGAUAAGGAAGUACUAACCUAUGCCAUAUUAGAUGCACAGAGCAGUUCCACAUUCAUCUUAGAAGAUGUGCUUGACAAACUGAAUGUGGGUAUCCAGUCAGUUAAACUAAAACUGAGCACUAUGACUGCUACCGACACAAUAAUAGCAAGCAAGAAUGUUCAAGAUUUACAAGUAAGAGGACUAAACUUGGACAGUCAAAUUCAGAUCAAGCAAGCGUACGCCCGUGACUUCAUACCAAUGAAUAAGGGUCAGAUUCCUACCAGUCAGACUGCACUACAAUGGCCACAUCUGGCGCACCUAGCAGACAAACUACCACCAUUUCAAAACUGUAGUGUGGGUCUUUUGAUAGGAUAUGACUGUCCAUCAGCCCUCGCUCCUCUCGAAGUCAUUAUCGGGACUACGAAUGAGGCUUUUGCACAGCGGACGCAACUAGGGUGGAGCAUCAUAGGUCCAUCAAACCCCGGGUUUGACUGGGAAAGAACCAAAUCCGAUUCCUUAGCAAUAAUACGACCGUCUGAAGGCAAUGAGGUGAAACUCAAAUAAAUUCGCAUGAUUUCUUUUACUGAUUGAGAGUAUCUAUGACAUAUUCCAUCCCCUCCUUGAAUGAUGGCCAGCAAAUCUGAAUUCCAGGCUUUUUCUAGGGAUAAAGCCAUGUUAUUAUGAGGGACAUGUCAUCAGAUGUAACGUCUGCUUUUUGAUAACAUGGAUAAUUUUUACUUUUUAUUCUCUUUGACCGAAUUGAUUUUCAUUUUUAUUUGUUAAUAAAAAGAUUACACUCUCUAUGUCCAGAUUAGGAUCAUUUUAACUGCGCAUCAUACCAAAGUUAUCUCUUUCUGUCAGCAGUAUAACCACUAUACUAUUAAGAAACCAUGUAAAGAACUCUCUCCAUUAGUUGUCAGAACUGUCCACCAAACAUCCACUGCCUCCGUGUGCAGCAGAGUAUUGAUGAUUGCAAGAGCCAAUCACCUUGACUGUUAUUUUAAACCCAGUGCUAACCACCUAUUAAAUGUAUGAAUUGAUUAUUGACAAUAAAUGUGUUGUUUUACUAAACCAAGUGGGAUCAAUAAAC